GCCCCGGAAGCGGCGCGGCCAUGUUGGCGGGUGACCCCGGCAGCGGUGCCGGGAGGGAGGUGGCGGCGGGGCCCGCCGGUGGGGAGCGGCUGCCGUGAGCGGGCCCGGCCCGGCCCGGUCGCCGUCCCCGCAGCCGUCCCCCAUGGCAGCGUGGUCCCGGCAGGCUGUGCUGACCCUCUACCGCGCUCUGCUGCGCCAGGGCCGUGGACUGCGCUACACCGACCGGGAUUUCUACCUGGCUUUCAUCCGCCGCGAGUUCCGCAAGAACCAGGGGCUGCAGCGGCUGGAGGACAAGGAAAGGCAGUUGGAGAAGGGGCAAGCUUUCCUGCAGAGCAAACUCGGGGGCCUGGUCUAGAGAUUCCCUAUAGCUUCUUUUGGCCCCACUGCCCUCCUCUUUCCAAAUCCCCUCGCCAACCAAAAGAGAUGAUUAGCACUCCCUGCCCACUAUUGCCUUGAAGAAGUCUGGAAGGUGCCUUCACAGGCACAGCAGGAGGGCUCUCCUGUUCUCCUUACAAAUGCAUUAGGUCACAGGUGAGAUGGCGGGCGCUGGGCAGCGGAAAGGGAAGAAAGAUGACAACGGCAUCGGCACAGCCAUCGACUUUGUGCUGUCCAAUGCUCGGCUUGUGCUGGGUGUUGGUGGAGCUGCCAUGCUGGGCAUCGCCACGCUAGCUGUCAAACGGAUGUACGACCGGGCAAUCAGUGCUCCCAGCAGUCCCACUCGCUUGAGCCAGUCGGGAAAGAGGAGCUGGGAAGAGCCAAACUGGCUGGGCUCCUCCUCACGCUUACUGACCCAGGACAUGAAGACUAGCCUCAGCCGCUCCCUGCAGACCCUUCCCACCAAUCCUUCGGCCGCAGACACAGACUUUUUCCGACCCACAAAGCCCAAGCCAUCUGCCAAGAGGAGUCAAGUGGAGCUGAAAAAAUCUCGCCUUCGCCUGUCUCUGCAAGAAAAGCUUUUUGCUUAUUACCGAAGGAAGGUGGCUAUCCCAGCGGAUGAGCAGGCCCGGGCCAAGCAAGCAGCUGUGGAUAUCUGUGCUGAGCUGCGCAGCUUCCUACGUGCCAAGCUGCCGGACAUGCCCCUGCGUGACAUGUACCUCAGCGGCAGCCUCUAUGAUGAUCUGCAGGUAGUGACAGCUGACCACAUCCAGCUCAUUGUGCCUCUGAUGCUGGAGCAGAACCUGUGGUCGUGCAUCCCCGGGGAGGACACUAUCAUGAACAUUCCUGGCUUCUACUUGGUGCGUCGGGAAAAUCCAGAGUACUUUCCACGUGGAAGCAGCUACUGGGACCGCUGUGUGGUGGGGGGCUACCUUUCCCCCAAAACUGUAGCAGACACCUUUGAGAAAGUUGUAGCUGGCUCCAUCAACUGGCCAGCAAUUGGGACUCUCUUGGAUUACGUGAUCCGUCCAGCAGCUCCCCCAGCAGAUUUGACACUGGAAGUCCAGUACGAUCCAGAACGGCAUCUUUAUAUCGACUUCCUUCCAUCCCUGACUCUGGGUGACAUCAUCCUUGUGGCCAAACCCCAUCGAUUGGCCCAGAAUGACAAUUUGUGGCGACUGAGCCUGCGGCCAGCAGAAACGGCUCGCCUCCGGGCCCUGGACCAGUGUGAUUCUGGCUGCCGUUGCUUGUGCCUGAAGAUCUUGAAAGCAGUGUGCAAGUCAAACCCAGCCCUGGGUCACCUCACUGCCAGCCAGCUCACCAAUGUCAUCCUGCACCUAUGCCAAGAAGAGUCCGACUGGUCCCAGAAUAUGCUGGCUGAUCGCUUCUUGCAGACGCUGAAAGGGUUGAUCCGAUACUUGGAGGCGGGAGUCCUCCCUAGUGCUCUGAACCCCAAGGUGAACUUGUUUUCAGAGCUCACCCCCGAAGAAGUGGAUGAGUUGGGCUAUACCCUCUACAGCUCUCUGUCAGAGCCAGAGGUCUUGCUGCAGACAUAAUGGGGCCUUACCUAGAGAAGUGUUGAUAGGGUUUAGCCACAAUGAACUUUGAUUACCACAAAAUAUGUCUCCUCCACCUCUCUCUUUCUCUUUUUCUCUCUCUUUUCCCUCCCUCCCCCCCUUCUUUUUGGUUCAUUAUUAUUUCCUGCUGUGGAGUUGGUGCUCCCACUGAAUUUCUUGGUGCUACUGGUCCAUUUCCACCAUCUCUGCCCCAACAGGUACCCAUUGGCUAGGGAAAAGAGCUAAAACUGCAGCUCUAAGAUCUUCACAUCAAUUCUGCCAAUGUUUUCAGUGUCUACCAAAAAAAUAAACCAAACUAUGCACUUCUUUUUCUUGUAGUACAGUUACUGCAGUUGAGUCCAUUUUGGUCUGAAGAAGGUGGAACUGGGCUGGUAAAUCCAGUGACAAUUUCAGCAGACUUGUAUUGAGAUCCUUUCCUCCAGCCCGACUUUGCCUCAUGUUUCUUUUUCCCUGCUGUACCACACUGUCUCCUCAUUAUUAUUUUUUUUUUUUUAGGUCUUUUUUUGGUCCCUUUGACCCAGUCAUGCAGGGCAGACUGAGGGAGAUGUUUUGGAUAGGGUUGUUUGUUGUAUUUCUGAGGGGAUAAUGAUGACACUGGCAGUAUUUAGGACUGUAGAGCUUGGAAUAGGAGAAUGCCCAGGGAUCUUGCUCCUAAAGAUCCUUCUCAUCCUUGGCAGGAGUAAGGGCUGAGGCUUGUCCAGUCUGCUGCAACACAGCCUCCAGUGUGGGCAGUUCUCACUGAAUCCAUCAUAAGGGAGGAAGAAGCCUUUGUGGUCUGGCUGUGUGAUGAGGCUGAAGGAGCAGGUCUUGCCAUGCCUGCCUAGCCAGAUCUGCUGGAUGUUGCUGGUGGGAAUGGCCCCAGGGAAUGGAGAACAGGGCAGCUCCUUAGAUGUCUCUGGCCUAGAGGAGGAGAGGCUGCUCGUGGGGGAGGGGUGGGAGACACACAUGGGAACAGGGAUUAUUUUUUCAUCUUUUCCCCAAGAGCUUAUGGCUGUUCUGGUUUGUAGAGGGUGGAAGCAGGACUGCGUGCCUCAAAGGGCUCUGUAAUAAGCACACGUAAGCCAGAUUCUCACCAGCCAUAAGUCUGUGAAGGUGAUAGGACUGAACUGGUGUCAUCAGCAAGGUUUGUCCCAUACACUGAUAUUAGGGUACAUAUGCAGAGAUGGCAUUUGGAGAUACGUUGUCUUUGGCAUCUGCUCUCAGUGUGUGUUUUAGUCCCCUCCCCAGCCACCUCAGAACUGAGGCUGUCCAUUCCCUUCCUCAUUCCCAUGCGCUGACUUUCCAGUGCUCCCAGUUUACAAUUACUCUUAGAAAGCUGGUGAGGGCACACUUUCCUGUUCUGUUUGGAUCUGUUGGUAAUGCAGUUCUGCCCACUUCUGCUUACGGCUGCUGUCAAGCUGUUCUCCUUUUGCUUCCCUCCCAUCUGCUGCUGACUGUGGUAUGGGUUUCAGGGGGCAUCUCCUGCAAUGCUGGUCUCUCCUAAACUAGCCACAUAGACACUCUGUAUUCUUCUUUAAGCCUUCUGGCCUCCUGACUUCAAAAAGGGGGAGAGAGGGUGUCCUCCUGAGCCUGGGGCUCUCUCUCAAAAGACCAGUUCUCAUUACAGAAACAUACCUUUUGCCAGCUUUAGCACCUUUUUCCCCCUUGUUGUCCAGCCUCCCUCGCCAAUGGAGAGAGGUACUGCACCAGCAGUUUGGAGGGAGCAUGAAUCCUUUUUUCUUCCCUUCCUCUUAGGGCUUCCCCCCUUUGGCAGAGAAGUUUCAAGGUGAGUUUCAGGAGUGGAACCACCGAGGGGAGUCUUUAGUCCUUGCUUUCUUUUUAGAGGCAAUGCUGGUGAGAUGAGGGAGGGAGCAUCUUUCCCUGGACAAUCCGUCCAUUUUAGCCAGUGUGUCAGAUAGUAUUCCCUAUACAGUGAUAACGUAACACUGCAUUUUAAAUUAUUUAAUCCUUAGGGUACUGGUAUUUUCUAGACUGCCAGAUGCCUACUUUGAAGUCUCUGUGUGUGUAUAUAAAGUUUAUAAGUGUAUAAAAGGUUAACACAAAUUCCGUUUGUAUGAUUUUGUGUUUUGUAAGUUUUGCAGCAGUCAGUGUUGGUCAGCUGUUGAUUGCUCUUCACUCUGGUUCCCAGAUUUUCUUCCCCUCUUCCUUUCCCUGCCCUCCACUGCCUUUCUGAUGUCAGCCUUCCUAGCCUAAAAGCAGACAGAUGAGACUUGGGGCCUAUAGGCUACUGGGGGAAAUUCCCCUUUCUUUUAAUUACUUGAAGGUCAAUAAAAAUAUUAAAUAUUUGGGUUGUCAGGAGUUCCCUGUAAGUUCAUUUCUUCAGUGUCAUCUCACCCCUCACUUGGCGCUGACCCCAAUACCAUGGUCUUCACACAGAAUGUUGUUGAGCAGCAACAUGAUUUGGAAUGAUCAAAACUAUAGAUACAAAGAAAGGUGAGACAUAAACAGGAGGAAGCCACUGUCUGAGCUGGCUUGUGUCGCAUACAUAUCUGUAUAUAGAAUUUUUUACACACGAAUGCUUUUACUUCUUCCUGGCAACCUAAUGAAUUAAUAUUUUAUGGCCAUUUCUUGCUGCUAUUGAGCUCAAUUUGUGUAUCAAAUGGAGACUGAAGCUGCCUUCUUGCCUUUUCUGUAGCGUUUGCUCCACUCCACUUGAAUCACUUCCAUCAGUUCUUCCCUUCAGUUGUGCCCUCCUCUGAGCUAGCCACAAGCCUGUUCUCGGGAGGCAAAUGCUCACUUCCUACAGGCAGCCACCCCAGUGGGUGGGCAAUAGCUGCUCUGGCAGUGGCAGUCUCAGCAGAGGCCAAAGAUGUAAUGUGUCACAGGGACACUGCAAGUAGGCGUAUUUCAAGAGUGGGGUCAGGCAUAAGGGGCAACAAAGGCUGGGAAGAAGGAGUAGGGUGAGUCUUCAGAAAACUUACAUAGUGCUGUACCCAGCCUGUGGGACAGAGAGACUCUUGCAGUGUCUUUUGAACCGGCACCUUUCAGUAUUAAAUGCAGUACAUGUGUUGAUGUACAGCCUGGAUGGGUGUCUCACCUAUAGGUAGGCUCCUUCCUAGUCAAAGCUAUAGCACAGAGCAGGAGGACCUAAAGAUGAAUGUGAAGAGGGCAGCUCCCAGCCACCUUCCUGGCAGAACUGCUCAGAGACAAAUUGAUUGUAAGAGGCCCAGAGCCUGUGUUUGGUUGGUUGCUGCCUGGGCUCUAAAGGAUGCUUCCGACGAGAUUGUCGUCUUAUUCCCUGUAACCAUGGGGCGAGGACCAACCUGCUUAGCUGUGGGGUUUCACUGUUGCUGAGCUCCACUGCUAAUCCUUCAAGUCAGAUGGAUUUCUUUUCCUGCACGUUUAAAAGCAAUUGUGAAAGAAAGAGGCUGCUUUCUGCCUCCUGGUGAGCUGCCAUCAGGGCCCUCACUCUUAGUUAGCAUGUGGGUACUUGCAAUGAGAAAUGAACAGAUAAUGCCCCAUCUCUCCCAGGCCUGGAGGCUGCAGGUUUGCAAAGGGGAAAGUCUAAGUGCAUGGUCUGUGACAGAGUGCGUGAAAUUCUGAAAUAAAAUGACUUUCCACAGUA